AUCUUCGACUGGUUGAGGAUUCUAUAUGCACGAAUGGCGUAUAUUGUGAGAGUGAACGGGGAGCUAUCGGAGGCUUUCCAGUCGACGAUUGGCGUUCUGACGGGCGAUACCGGUUCCCCCUUCUUCUGGAUCCUCUUCAUGGCAGACUUACGGAUACCGGUUCAGCCUGGCGAUAUAAGACUGGCCGGCCGCUCCAUCCCCGAUGUCGAACACGCUGAUGACUGUGCAGUAUGGGGUACCGUCCGUCCGUCCGUACAGCACCAUCUCGAUCACUUUAGUGGAUGGACGAGGCGCAAAGGACUUCUCACCAAUGUACCAAAGACGAAAUCCAUGUGCUUCGGUCCCUUGCCAACUCCGUCACUUGCAGAAGAACCCUUUACCUUCGAUGGGGAGGAUGUCGAGUGGGUGUCGAAGCACAAGUAUACCGGCAUCACGGUUACAAGCACCGAACGCGAUAUUUUCACCCUGCACUAUCGGGAGAAGGGCCUGAGCGCCCAACGUGUCGCCAAUGUCUGUUUUGCCGCAGAGUCUAUGGUUGGUUCUAUUCCUCCCCGGGAGGCUAGGAUUCUCUAUCUGGCCCGCGUCGAUCCAUUUCUCAUAUCCGCCUGUGACGUCAUCAUAGACAUCUGUCUCAACAACUUGUGGAAUCUGGAGAAAGUCCAGAUCCGCUACAUUCGUCGCCUAUUGCAUCUUAGGCGGCGAAGCAUGUACCAUGUUUUGUACUCUGAAACAGGACUCAUGCCCCUUCGUUAUCGACGUCUCAUUCUGGCCCUUCGCUUUCUCCGGUACCUCGUACUCCUUCCGCAACGGCACUACGCUCGAUGCGCAUUUGACGACUCUCUCGAUCUUGCACGGACUGGGAGGAGUGGAUGGGUUGGAGACCUCGCUAUCGCACUUGGCCGCUUGGAUCACCCCGUUCACUUCGAUUUCAUGGCCGACGUAACUGUGGAAGUCGUAGAUGGCCUCAUCGAGGAGGUGGAGGCCUCUAGCGAACACUGGGUACGCGCGGUCAUUGACAACUCCCCGAAAACGUGGCUCUUGAAAGAUCGCGUAGAGAUCACAAAGAAUGGGAAGACCGACACGAGUGCCAUUCUGUUCCGACACUAUCUCCAUAUGAUAAUCCCUUCACACCGCUUCGCCUUUGUCGACAUUCUGCUUUCGAACCAUUCGUUGGCGAUCGAAAUGUUGCGUUGGCAAUCUAGAGAGCGCCCCUACUACGUCCCGAGGGAAUGGCGUCUCUGUCGCUUCUGUGUACAGGUGGAUGUACAUGCAGUGGAGGACGAGACACACGCUAUCCUGCAAUGC